AUGCGCAGUUCAUCUGUGGAGGUUUUUCUGACGAGCGCGUUCUGCUCCCCUGUCGUUUUGGUGUUCUCCGACCCGGUUCGACUUUACGAGACGCUCCCUUCCAACUAUGGCCUCGGUCGGAAUAUGUUAGCCGGUGCUUUCGCAGGGAUAGCGGAACACUCAGUUAUGUACCCGGUGGAUUUGCUCAAGACUCGCAUGCAAAUCUUGCACCCUUCGACCGGAGGUCUCUACACGGGGUUGACCAAUGCGGUGUCCACAAUCUAUCGCAUUGAAGGCUGGCGGACACUAUGGAAGGGUGUCUCGAGUGUGAUUGUUGGUGCAGGUCCGGCACACGCGGUGUAUUUCGGUACGUACGAGCUCGUCAAGGAUAUGGCUGGUGGCAAUGUCGACGAAGGGCAUCACCCUUUAGCUGCAGCGACCAGCGGCGCUGCAGCCACGAUUGCCAGCGAUGCAUUGAUGAAUCCAUUUGAUGUGAUCAAGCAGCGCAUGCAGGUCCACGGCUCGAUCCACAAGAGCCUUCUCCAAUGCGCCCGAACGCUCUAUCGCACCGAGGGCGUCCAGGCUUUCUACGUCUCCUACCCUACCACGCUCUGCAUGACCGUGCCCUUCACGGCUACGCAGUUUGUCGCCUACGAGUCCAUCUCCAAGGUGAUGAACCCCAAGAUGGAAUACGACCCUUUUACCCACUGCAUCGCCGGUGGUCUGGCCGGUGCCUUUGCCGCUGGAAUCACCACUCCUCUAGACGUCGUCAAGACGCUCCUUCAGACCCGCGGCCUGGCGCAGAGCGAAGAGGUUCGCUCCGCCCGUGGUCUCUUCAACGCUGCGGCCAUCAUCAAGCGCCAAUUUGGGUGGACGGGCUUCUUGCGGGGCAUGCGGCCCCGGAUUAUUUCCACCAUGCCGAGUACGGCGAUCUGUUGGACAUCCUAUGAGAUGGCCAAGGCGUAUUUCAAGCGCCAUCUUGACUAA